AUGUCGGGCAAGUCGUUCACAUCAGGCAGCGUUCGCUCGUGCGGCGGAUCCGUGCGGCUUGGCACGGUAGCGGGCCAUGAGGUAGUCCUGGAUGCUCUGUACGAGCGCAAGCGCGACAAGAAGACCGUGCGCGUGCUCACUGUCAUCGUGUAUGUGUUCUGCGUGUCGCUAGCCGCGAUCAUGCUAUCGCUGUACUACGUAUUCUUCUGGGAGCCCAAGGACGCGCAGUACGCGCAACGCAAGGUGUUUCACAAAGUAGACCAGCAAACCAGCACUACACCACUGCCCACAUGCUUUAUGCCCCUCACCGGAGGAGGCGAUACCACAGUGAAUAGCAGCACAAUCUCUUCACUGGAGAACAUCACCAGUGGUUUUCAGCACAUCAACGAAUCUGAGUCCACUACAGAAACAGCUGAAGGCACCCAAUUAUUUGACACCACGCCGCAAACAAUCCUCAACAACAUUUCCGAUGACAUUGGCUCCUUCAAUGAUACAGACAGCAUCACAUGA